AUGACCUCCGCUGCACCUCCUACUACCUCACUGCCUUCUUGCCGGUCGAUCAAUACACGAGUAACACGCCGCACUCAAGUCGCAGGUAUGAUCUCCGCUGCACCUCCUACUAACUUACUGCCUCCUUGCCGGUCGGCGCAUACACGAGUAUCACGCCGCGCUCAAGUCGCAGGCAUGGCCUCCGCUCCACCUCCUACUAACUCACUGCCUCCUUGCCGGUCGGUCCAUACACGGGUAUCACGCCGCGCACAAGUCGCAGGUGUGAUCUCAGCUGCACCUCCUACUAACACACUGCCUCCUUGCCGGUCGGUCCAUACACGGGUAUCACGCCGCGCACAAGUCGCAGGUAUGAUCUCAGCUGCACCUCCUACUAACACACUGCCUCCUUGCCGGUCGGCCCAUACACGGGAUCACGCCGCGCUCAAGUCGCAGGCAUGGCUUCCGCUGCACCUCCUACUAACUCACUGCCUCCUUGCCGGUCGGUCCAUACACGGGUAUCACGCCGCGCUCAAGUCGCAGGCAUGGCCUCCGCUGCACCUACUACUAACUCACUGCCUCCUUGCCGGUCGGCCCGUACACGGGUAUCACGCCGCGCUCAAGUCGCAGGCAUGGCCUUCGCUGUACCUUCGUACUAACUCACUGCCUCCUUGCCGGUCGGCCCAUACACGGGUAUCACGCCGCGGUCAAGUCGCAGGCAUGGCCUCCGCUGCACCUCCUGCUAACACACUGCCUCCUUGCCAGUCGGCCCAUACACGGGUAUCACGCCGCGCUCAAGUCGCAGGCAUGGCCUCCGCUGCACCUCCUACUAACUCACUGCCUCCUUGCCGGUCGGCCCAUACACGGGUAUUACGCCGCGCUCAAGUCGCAGGUAUGACCUCCGCUGCACCUCCUACUAACUCACUGCCUCCUUGCCGGUCGGCGCAUACACGGGUAUCACGCCGCGCUCAAGUCGCAGGCAUGGCCUCCGCUGCACCUCCUACUAACUCACUGCCUCCUUGCCGGUCGGCCCAUACACGGGUAUCACGCCGCGCUCAAGUCCCAGGCAUGGCCUCCGCUGCACCUCGUACUAACUCACUGCCUCCUUGCCGGUCAGCCCAUACACGGGUAUCACGCCGCGCUCAAGUCGCAGGCACGGCCUCUGCUGCACCUCCUACUAACUCACUACCUCCUUGCCGGUCGGCCCAUACACGGGUAUCACGCCGCGCUCAAGUCGCAGGCAGGGCCUCCACUUCACCUCCUACGAACUCACUGCCUGCUUGCCAGUCGGUCCAUACACGGGUAUCACGCCGCGGUCAAGUCGCAGGCAUGGCCUCCGCUGCACCUCCUACUAACACACUACCUCCUUGCCGGUCGGUCUACAUACGAAUAUCACGCCGCAGUCAAAUCGCAGAACCACAAUUUAUGAUGCCCCGUGUCCUACGCUGCGACCUAGAUGGAGUGCGUCAGUUAUUACAUUUGCUGGAGUCUGAUAACAAUAAACAACAAAUACUUUCUAUUCUUCAAGAGCGCUGUGAUGGUAACAGAAAUAUCCUUCAUGCUUGUGUACAUAUGUGUGCACCAACCUCAAAUAAGGAACCGGAUAUUGUAGAAAACCCUUCAAUGCCGAACAUACCUAGUGGAACAAGUGGUAGUGGAGCAAAUGCUGAAGAAGCUGUGCCAGCCAUAUCUUGGCCACCGGAAACCUUUGAAGCAUCUGGUGAUGAAGAUAGUUUGAUGGGACUUACCAACAACAGUAAAAUAUCGGGCGGGGGCGCCAACGGCCCUGGGGCGGUAAGUGCGGAUCCUGCUGAGCGUCGUGGAAACGCUCUGGCUGCGUUGCGUGCAUUGUGCGAAAGCCCCGUUCUACAGCCGUAUCUCAUGCAGCUACUCACUGCUAAGGAUGGAAUGGGUCAAACGCCGUUAAUGGCAGCGGUUGCGGAGCGUGCGUAUCGCGCUGCGCUCGUACUCCUCGACGCCAUUCGCUCGUGUCCGGACGCAGACGAAACGCAGCGCUCAGCGGCCAUUUUCCCGCCAAAUGCUCACCCAGAUCAUUCACCCCUACUGGUACUAUGCUGCAAUGACACAUGCAGCUUCACAUGGACUGGACAGGAACAUAUCAACCAGGACAUUUUUGAAUGCAAGACCUGUGGAUUAACUGGAUCUCUUUGUUGCUGCACAGAAUGCGCUAAGGUUUGUCACAAAGGUCAUGAUUGCAAAUUGAAGCGUACGUCGCCUACAGCUUAUUGCGACUGUUGGGAGAAAUGCAGAUGCAAGGCACUUGUUGGAGGCAAUUGGACUGCACGAUGUGAUCUGUUAGCAAGGCUCGCGAGAGACACCCAACUAGCUACACAUUUUAACUCCAGGGGCGAGUCGAUCCUGCUGUUCCUGGUGCAGACGGUGGGGCGGCAGACGGUGGAGCAGCGGCAGUUCCGCGCGGGCGGUGGGCGGGGCCGCGCGCCGCGCAAGCAGCCCGGCUCCGACGCUGAGGUGGACGCGCCCGACCACGACCUCGAGCCGCCGCGCUUCGCCAGGCGUGCCCUCCUGCACCUGCUCGGCGACUGGGCUGCCGUGGAGGCGGCGGUGAUGUGCGGCGCGAGCUGCGGAGAGAGUGAGGGCCGACCCAACAGCCCCUCACUCAAUCAGUCCGGUACCACGCUGCUCGACAAGUUCACACACGCUCUCAUCGUCAAGUGCACCAACGACAUGCUAGACACACUAUUGCAUACGCUAAUAAGGGAACAACAAAAUGACUCGAUACCGGGACGCGCAGAACGUGCACGCGAAGUGGCACGACGAUUUGUGCGUUCGGUUGCUAGAAUUUUCGUUAUUUUCAGCGUAGAAAUGGCGCCGGGUGCAGCGAAGAAAAAAGGGCCUCUAUCUAUAACAUCAUCAUUAGUCCGCUGUCGACGUGUAUUCGCAGCACUAGUAGCUCUCGCCGUGGAAGAACUUGUAGAAGCAGCAGACGCACUACUCGCUCCAGUUCGUCUUGGUGUUGUGCGACCGACAGCUCCAUUCCCACUAGCCACAACUUACGUAGAUCUUGUGAAUGGCAGUGAAGAUUUAUUUGGAGUCGAACCUCUUUCUACGGGACAUACACGGCUUUCCCAUACUCGCAGAGAAUCAACCACGGGUGGAGGUCGCGGAGCCACUACUGGUGGCGCGUCUAUGGGCAGUUCCACGAUGGCUCCCGACCGAUCAUCAACGCCCGUGGCCACAGAGUACGCGGAUGAUGUUGCGGGCGAAGCGCUCGGCGGCGACGAUGACGCCUCAGAGACAGACGAGCCUAGCCUACCAGCACCGGUCCCCGCUCCCGAUGCGCAGCAUGACGACGCUAUGGGUGAAAGAGGACAAGAACAACAUGUGGUGGUUGAAAAUGGAACAGAACGUGCGGAGGGUGGUGAAAGUGAAAGUGAACUAGAUUUACUGGCUGAAGUGGAGACCGAAAGUGACUCUGAUGACCAGGACAAUGCCGAAUCUGCGCAACGUAGUGUACAGACUGGUGCUACACAAGGUUCUGAUGCCGGUAUAGCAUCGCUGCUAAUGUAUCCAGAGGACGAGAGCGGCGACUCGACGCAGCCGGAGGACGAGGACUCGGAGGCGGGCGAGACGGACGAGCAGGACGGCGAGGCGGAGGCGCCGCUGCACGACGGCGAGCCCCUCGAGAGGCGCGCCGCGCCGCCCGCGCGCCCCAACCUCGCGCCGCACUCCAUGCAGUGGGCCAUACGUUCGCGUGAGACGGCGCGCGGCACCACGAGCAGCACAGGCGGCGUGCGGCUGACGGGCGGCUCGUCGCUGGUGUUCAUCGACCCGGCGUCGCUGCGCCGCUCGGCCGCCGCGGCCGCUGCCGGCGCGCACGACCCGCACUCCACCUCCACCACCGCCGCCUUCCUCGCACGCGCCUUCGGAAUUGUAAUUCGUCAAAUUGCUGAUCUACUGUGGGAGUAUGAACGUUUCACCUUGCCGAUGCCUCGCAUGGUGCCACUGGCAUAUCGUGAGGCACUGCGCUUACAAUGCUAUCUAGAACGUCAACUGAAACCCACAUGGGAUUGGCUUGUUACUGUUAUGGAUGCUACAGAAGCGCAAUUAAGAUUCGGCGCAUCCCUCACUUCAAACAACACUGGAAACUCAAACGCGGACAACAAUCGGUCAAAUACGACGACAGCUCGUCGCACAACUUCGUUUACAUCGCCUGCCACUCGCAUAAUUGGUUUUUCUGAAGGACCACGCACCAGGGAUCGUGAACAAGGUGUGGAGGCGGGUAGCGCCCGGCGUGAGUUCCUGGCGUACUGCCUGUCGCUGCUGCGCGCGCACAGCGCCGAGCACGCCGAGCAGUUGCCGGUGCUGGACGUGGCGGCGCUCAAGCACGUGGCCUAUGUGCUCGAUGCGCUCGUCUACUACAUGCGCGCCGCGCAGCCGCAGCCGCACCACCACCACCAUCUGUGGACACCGGAUGAAAAUGAGAAUGAGGAAGGCGAUGAGGAAAUGGUGGUCGGUGGCGGUGCGACGACUGAGUCUGACGGCGAAGGCGAGGGGGCUCGCGGCCGUACGCACUCCUUCUUCCAGCGUUCCGACUCCACGCUCUGCUUGGGGUGCCCGCCACCUGAUCCUUUCAACAUGACGAUGCAAGACGCGCUGCCGCUGGCCGACCAGCCGCAGCUGCUGCAGCCCAACGCGCGGCGCGAGGAGCUGUUCGGCAUGCCGCGCCAGCCCGUCACCGUGCCCGCCGCCGGGGACGCGCCGCCGGGCGUCAACAACCCCUUAGAAGUUUUCUGCCUGUUUAAAGUGGUGCCUCGUCGUCUUGGUCUAUCCUCCCGCGGCACGGACCGCGGCUGGUCGCCGCCCGCGCGCCCCGCCUCCGCGCCGCCCACGCACACGCACUCGCACUCGCACUCGCACUCCAUGACCCGCGACGAGCCACAGGAUUUGUCCUGUGCGAAAGAAAAUGUUACCAAAAUGGAUAUUGACACUGAUGGCGAGUAUUUAUCUGAUUCGGAUUCUAAUGAAGCAAGACAAAUUCAAAGGAAAAAGCACCAUAGACAUCCCCAUUCGGUAACAUCUGGUAGUAGCAGCUCACGCCAGGAAUCAAACUCACACCCAUCAGAAUUUCAUACCCUUGUCGACACCGCCUGCUCCAUCAUAGAAGCUCCACAUCAACAGCCUAUACCAGGACCUAGUGGCUCAGGCGGAUUGGUGCAAGAACCACGUGCUUCAUCCUCUCGCAGCCCCGGCAAGACUGUUAUUGUACGUGCUGGCGAAUUGUUAAGCGUAGCAGAUCCCCUAGAGUCUCAAGAGAUCUCCGCACAUGUGACUGUAGAGACGACGGGACUGACAACAGCACCGUUAUUACCCCCUCAAGUACUCAAUGCACCUGCUCAAGCGCGUACUUGUCCAUCCCUGGGGGCCUCGGUGUCUCAUGAUUUGUUAUUGGGACGAUGGCGGCUGUCACUUGACCUGUUUGGUCGAGUUUUCACUGAGGAUGUGGGCCUCGAAUCCGGGUCCGUUGUAGCUGAGCUCGGCGGUUUUCCAGUCAAAGAGGUGAAAUUCCGACGGGAUAUGGAAAAACUACGAAACUCACAGCAGAAGGAUUUGACUUUGCAUAAGAUGGAACGAGACCGCGCGAAACUCCUGCAGCAGACGUUCGCGGAGCUGAACAGCGCGUUCGCGGGACAGAACAGGCGCGCGCACAGCGCCCAGCCGCCGCUCGCUGUCAACCGCGUCAAGGUGACGUUCCGCGACGAGCCCGGCGAGGGCAGCGGCGUCGCGCGCUCCUUCUACACCAGCGUCGCCGAGGCUCUAUUAGCUAAUGAAAAACUUCCUCCCUUGGAGCCUACUUCAGGCAGCGGAAUUAAUAGCAGCGCUGCCAAUGGUACUUCAAGUUCAGGUGGCGCAAACGCCGGUAGUGCUAGCAGUAAUAGUGGAACCAGAAGCGGAGCAGGUCGCGCGCGUGCGAAGGACGCGGCGCGGCGGGCACCGGGGCGUGCGGCACCACGCCCGCCCGCUGCCCGCGAGCCGCGCCGCGUGCUCAGCGUCGACGCAAGACCUUACUCGCCACAGGCUGCACCUGGAACUGAGGGUGCGGGAUACAGUGGAGACAGACCUGGAGGACAUAACGAGCAUUUGACACUCCAUCAAGCGCAACUUGGCGAAAGACUUUAUCCAAGAGUACAUUCUCUGCAUCCAACAUUUGCUGGCAAAAUUACUGGCAUGCUGUUAGAGCUUACACCUGCACAACUUUUAGUGUUACUUGCCAGUGAGGAUGCCCUCAGACAGAAAGUUCGCGAAGCCAUGGACCUAAUUGUCAUGCACCCUUCGGAAGCAAUACUAGACUUGGACGUGUGCUCGCUGUCGGAGCGCGGCGGCGGCGCGGCGCUGGGUGCGGGCCCGUCGGGUGCGGCCAGCGACGACGCGGCGCCGCUCUUCUACUCGCCCGGCAAGCGUGGCUACUACUCGCCGCGCCAGGGCCGCGCCACCUCCGAGCGGAUCAACGCCUUCCGGAACGUCGGCAGAAUAAUCGGACUGUGUCUCCUACAAAACGAACUGUGUCCAAUGUUCCUAAACCGGCAUGUUUUAAAAUAUAUACUGGCUCGACCAAUACGCUUCCACGAUCUCGCAUUUUUUGAUCCCGUCGUUUAUGAGAGCCUUAGACAACUCGUCGUAGAUGCUGAAACUGGCGAUUCUCACUCACUUUUUGCUGCUCUUGAUCUCAACUUUAGUUUGGAAAUGUGUGAAGAAGAAGGAGGUGGUUGUGUAGAACUAGUCACAGGUGGUCGCGAAAUCGAAGUGACAGCGCUCAACGUGUACGAUUACGUGCGCAAAUACGCGCAACACCGCAUGUUGCACUCGCAGGAAAAGGCGUUAGAGGCAAUUCGUGUAGGUGUACUUGACGUCUUACCUGAGUCGGCUCUAGAAGGCUUGACAGCUGAAGACCUGAGGCUUCUCUUAAAUGGUGUGGGCGAUAUCAACGUCGCCGCAUUAGUAUCUUACACAAGCUUUAAUGACGAAAGUGGUGAACCACCAGAACGACUCGUCCGAUUCAAGCGAUGGCUAUGGGCUAUUGUGGACAAGAUGACCCAUCUCGAACGACAAGAUCUAGUAUACUUCUGGACUGGUUCACCGGCGUUGCCUGCGUCUGAGGAAGGCUUCCAACCAAUGCCAUCAGUGACUAUCCGGCCGGCGGACGAUGCUCACCUGCCCACUGCCAAUACUUGUAUCUCUCGGCUAUACAUCCCAUUGUAUUCUUCACGACAUGUGCUCAAGCAUAAGCUACUGCUUGCUAUCAAAACUAAAAAUUUCGGCUUCGUGUAG